UAAUCUUCGAUAUAAUUUUUUUGUGUGUGUAGUAUAUAUAUUUAAUAAAUAUUUGCGUAAGGCGUGGUUUUACCUGUAUGAACGGGCCUUUAUUAUAGAUACACAGAUGAGACUGCAUCCGUGUUCUAACUGGUUUUGAAAAUGGGCCGUAUUAUAAUGUAGUAUUAUUGCUGGACUCAGUUGUUUAUCGACUAUCAACGGAGAAGGAUUUUAUUCUUUGACUCUUACUAAUUUCUUCAUAAAAGCAUAUGUUUUUUACACAGUGGACACUUUAAAAUAGUGCGAACAAUUUUAGACUAUAUUUUUUUAAAUAUAAAUUUUAUUGUACAAAAAGUUAAAUCGAAAAAUCAAUAAGAAGUAACAUCGUGCUGACAAGAUUUUUUACUUAUUUACUCGAAAAUCAUAGUGCAUCGACUAUUAGAAUAAUGUUGUGCAAAAAUGUUGGCUUCUCGUAUUAUUUUACAAGAAACUUUCGUAGAAACUUUCACGUAACUAUCAAUCCUCUUCGCAAGAUGAUCAAAGAAACUGGUAAUGUCAAAUCUGUCAAUACCGGAAAUAUAAUUAAACCUCCACGGAUACUAAUAACAGGUGGUCUCGGACAAUUGGGUACGGAAUGCGCGAAAUUACUUCGUCGAAAUUACGGCAAUGAGAAUGUCAUAUUGUCAGACAUUAUUAAACCAUCGGAGGAGAACUUGGAGAACGGUCCCUUCAUCUUCGCCGACAUCCUCGACUUUAAGGGUCUACAGAAGAUCGUUGUGGACUAUAGAAUCGAUUGGCUCAUCCACUUCAGUGCUCUACUUAGCGCUGUUGGUGAACAAAACGUACCGUUAGCCGUCAGAGUCAACAUCGAAGGAAUGCACAAUGUCAUCGAGUUGGCGAAGCAAUAUAAAUUGAGGAUCUUCAUACCGUCGACAAUUGGAGCAUUCGGUCCCGACUCGCCGAGGAAUCCUACCCCGAAUGUCACGGUGCAACGACCCCGUACGAUCUAUGGUGUUAGCAAGGUUCAUGCCGAACUUUUAGGAGAGUAUUACCAUCAUCGAUUUGGUCUCGAUUUCCGGUGUCUUCGAUUCCCCGGUGUAAUUAGCAGCGAUCCACCUGGCGGCGGUACCACUGAUUACGCCGUAGCGGUAUUUCACGAGGGACUGUUAAACAAAAGAUACGAGUGCUACUUAGAGCCUCACACGAGACUGCCGAUGAUAUACAUCGAAGAUUGUCUAUCGGCACUUUUUCAGUUUUUAAAUACACCUGACAAAUUGCUGCGUAGACGAGUUUACAACGUCACAGCCAUGAGUUUCACCCCCGAGGAGCUGUUUAAUGAACUCCUUAAGUAUAUACCGGAUUUGAAAAUUACUUAUAAACCUGACAAACGACAACAUAUUGCGGAAAGCUGGCCGCAAGUUUUUGACGAUAGCGAAGCACGCCGGGAUUGGGGAUGGAAACACAAAUAUGAUCUACAGAGGCUGGUGGAAUUAAUGGUGCAGGAUGUUAGCACGAAUUUUCUACCGAAACAUCGAUUGAAAGAGGUCAACAGCUAUGUAUAAUUGCAUAAAAAAUGUAUACAUAUUGACUUCUUUCAAUUGAUAUACGCCUUGUGAGCUUCUCUAUUAUGAAUUUAAUACAUGUGGCUUCAUCAAAGUUCUUCAAUGGUUCGAAAGAAACAACUCAUGAAAAAAUCGCUAGUUAAUAUAAUUAUGUUAAAAUA